AAAUAUGAAAUUUUUCCAAGAUUUUCACCAUAAAAGAAAACAAACUCCUCGUCCGCUGAAUUCAUCCAAGAAAACAGGUAGAAAAUCCUAACCUCUUUUCUUUUUUCCUCCAUUAUCUUAAUUUCUUCACACAAAUAUUUCUUUCCCCCUGUUUUCAAACCCUAAAACCAACAUCAUUCCUAACCCAACCCAAACAAAUUACAAUCAUGAAAUUUACCGCUGGCUAUCGCUAAGGCAGAAAAAGUUUGUUUACGUUUUCGUUCUCGUUUGGUUUUCAUUCUUCAUGGAUGAAGACGAAGAAAACCUAGCUGAUUUCAAAUAGAAAAAAAAAACAAGACGAUGAUGACGAUGAAGUCAUUAAAGGAAUUCAACAACAAAACAAUGCAGUUAACAAGAUCAGCUCCAUAUUUAGAUUUCCGUCUUCUUCUAUUAAUCUUACCUUCUUUUUCAUUCUUAAUCUUUUUAUCUCUUUCCUCCACUACAAAUCCCAUCACCAACAACAUUUUUUCAACUUUCACCCCUCUCAGAAACUUUCUUUCUAACCUCUCUUCAUCAUCAUCAUCAUCAUCAUCAUCAUCAUCUUAUGCAUUACCUCCUCUUCCGUCCAUAAAUUCUUCGGAAACAAGUAAAUCGGGGUAUGAUGAAUCGGAUUUGACUCGGUGGCGAAAAGAAGAGAAAAGGAAAGAGUUAUUACGGUCGAGAAUUGCUGUUUGUUUAGCAGGUGGAGCAAGAAGGUUCGAACUCACUGGGCCAUCAAUAGUAGAGAAUAUAUUGAAAGUUUACCCUAACGCAGAUCUUUUCUUAAAUUCUCCAGUAGAUAAAGACUCGUUCAAGUUUUCGAUUCUGAAAGACAUUACCCCAAGAAUCGCUUCGAUUCGAAUUUUUAAACCGACUAAGUUAAACGAGACUGAGUCACAACUUCGCGUCCUCACUUCACGCAAUUCUCCUAACGGCAUACAGGGUUUGCUUCAAUACUUCAACCUUGUGGAAGGUUGCCUAACACUGAUCAAGGCGUACCAAAUUCAGAACAACUUUACCUAUGACUGGAUAGUCCGAACCCGAGUAGAUGGCUACUGGAACGCUCCACUGGAUCCAGAUAACUUCUUACCAACUCGUUACCUAGUCCCACCGGGUUCAAGUUAUGGCGGACUCAAUGACAGGCUCGGAAUUGGUAAUCUCAACACUUCACAAAUCGCACUGUCUCGGCUCUCUCUGAUACCACAACUAGACGCAGCACGGUUUCGUCAACUAAACUCAGAGACUUCCUUCAAAGCUCAACUCACUACGCAAGGUGUAAAGUUCUUGGAAAAUCGUCUUCCUUUCUGCAUAGUAAGUGAUCGCAAAUACGACUUUCCACCAACUCAGUUUGGUGUCCCUGUUGCAUCAAUGUCGAGCCCAGGUCCACUCAGCGGGGCAAAAUGUAGACCAUGUACACCUGUUUGUGCUGGACCAUGCGUGGCUGACAUUUUUGGGAUUCUUCAAAAGGAUUGGAGUUGGACUAACUGGAGGAAUGGAACGAUUCAGCUCUGUGAUGCUCAUGGUGAGUGGGAAUCCGGCUGGGAGAAAAUUUUUGACCGAGUUGCCGGAGAGAAGCUCGCGGAGUUUAGGAGACGAGUUAAGAAGUUAAAGUUUGGAAAAUGUGUCAAAGAUUUUGACGACAUGAGGAAACGGACUGUUAAUUGGGAUACCCCAAGUGCUAAAGAGAUUUGUGGACUUAGCCCCAAGACGUAAGUAAACCUCACCUGGUUUUUACACGGAUAAAUAUCCUGAUUGUUGUAAAGAAAGUAAGUCAGCUGUUGCUAAAUUUUCUUACACAUGCAGUGCCACGAACAGCUAGUUAGAAUUACAGCUAGUUAAAAAUCACGGGGAUAGUUUUACUUUUACACAGCCUCCGGCCUCUAUCAAAGAACUGAUUUUAUUACAACA